AUGGGCAAGUCAAAGGAGACCAAGGUCAAGGCUGUUGCCGACCCGAUCAAGAGCAUCAAGAACGGCGGCGUCACCAAGCCGUCCAAGACGUCGGACGCCAAGUCUAAGAAGCUGGCAAAGGAGGUUGCCAUCAAGGCCGUCAACGGCAAGAAGGAGAAGAAGGCCAAGAAGGUCGAGUCGGAGAGCGAGUCGGAGAGCGAGUCUGAGGACUCAGCCUCUAGCGGCUCCGACUCGGACUCGGACUCUGACUCCGAGUCGGAGGCUGAGGAGAAGCCCGCCGCCAAGGCCAAGGCCAACGGCAAGACGCCCGCCAAGAAGGAGGAGUCUGAGUCCGAGUCUGACUCGGAUUCCGAUGCCGACUCUGAUUCUGACUCUGACGAGGAGGACGAAGACGAGGAGGAGGAGGAGGCGAAGCCCAAGGCCGAGAAGAAGGAGACCAAGGCUGACUCCGACUCUGACUCUGGCUCCGAUUCUGACUCGGAUGACUCGGACGACUCGGACGAGAGCGAUUCGGACGAGGAGGACGAGGAGGACGAGGAGACGACCGAGGAGCCCUCCAAGAAGCGCAAGGCGGACGACGAGGAGCCUGCCACCGCCAAGAAGGCCAAGACCGACGAGGUGGAGGGCGAGGCUGACGCGGCGCCCGAGGAGGGCAGCACCCUGUUCGCCGGCAACCUGGGCUGGAAGGUCGACGACAACCUGCUGUACGAGGAGUUCAAGGUCUGCGAGGGCCUGGUCAGCGCGCGCGUCAUCACCGACCGCGAGAUGCAGCGCUCGCGCGGCUUCGGCUACGUCGACUUUGACUCGGCCGCCAACGCCAAGGCUGCGUUUGAGAAGAUGCAGGGCUACUUCAUCGAGGGCCGCGAGCUCAAGCUCGACUUCUCCACGGCCCGCCCCAAGAACAACGACGGUGGCAACAGCAACGGCGCUGCCGACCGUGCCAAGAAGUACGGCGACACCAUCAGCCCCGAGAGCGACACCCUGUUCGUUGGCAACCUGCCGUUCCACGCCGACGAGGACACCGUCUCUGCCUUCUUCUCCGACGUCGCCAACGUCAAGAGCCUGCGUCUGCCCACGGACAUGGAGUCUGGCCGCCCCAAGGGAUUCGGCUACGUCUCGUUCUACUCGAUUGACGAUGCCAAGAAGGCUUUCGAGCAGCUCAACGGCCAGGACUGCGCCGGCCGCAACGUCCGUCUGGACUACUCCACCCCCAAGCCCCGCAACGACUUUGGUGGCGGACGCGGCGGUGGUCGUGGUGGCUUUGGUGGUCGCGGCGGUGGUCGCGGUGGUUUCGGUGACCGCGGUGGCCGCGGUGGCGGCCGCGGCGGCGGUCGUGGUGGUUUCGGCGGCGGCCGCGGCGGUAGCAGCGGCUUCCAGGGCAAGAAGACGACCUUCUAA